AUGGAUUCUUAAACAACAAGGAGAAUGAUUUCACAGGAGAGUUUUUUGGAACCAGCAGAAUUCAUUUCAGCUAGAACUGACACUAAGAUUAAAUUAGGAUAUCUGUUCAUUUAAAAUCCGAACAAAUUGGAAAGUAUAUGAUGCCACUACUAUUUCAGUGUUUGGAUUAAGAUAAGUAAGUUCCAGACUGCCUAAAUUCAAACAAGGUAAACCAUUAAUUGAGUUACCGUAAAAUGAAAAUUAGAAGUCGUUAGUGCACUAGUCUCAAUCCAUUGAAUGCAGAAAGCACAAUAAGAGUCUCUCCAAAUUGAUUUUGAAUAAGAGUUCUCAAGAACAACUGAUUUUGUCGAAUCCAACCUUUGUACCUGAGGAGAGGAGAGAAUAAAUGAAAUCGCCUAAAAGGAUUUUGUAGAGUCAUCAUAGCAGAUAAAGGAAGGAAUUGCCUCCUAUUUUGGCCAAUGCGAAUUUGUCUCCUCCUCCAUUUGAUACGAAUCAAAUGAAAAAAGAGAGGAAGCAGAGAAUUUCUGGGAAAAUAUACUUAGGUAGAUUAACUAAAUUUGAUUCCAAAUAAAGGGAAUCAGACUUAUAAAAGAAAUUCGUAGAUUAGUUGAGUUUUGAAAGUCCGAAUGCUAAAUUGCUUAUGAGACAUGUAAGUAUAUUGUUCUAAGUAAAAGCAAAAUGCAAAAAGGGCCAAAUAGAUCUCAUUGAGUUAAGCUGUUAAAGUGUUGAAGAGGAAUCAACAACAAGAAAAAAGAACUCGUUUGGAGUAUCUCUUCAAAUCAAAGGAGAAGGAAUUGAUAUCGCUAAUUUAAGGGAAUGAUGAAUAAUACUAAUCUAUUGAUGAAUUAUUAUGA